CUGUCUCGUAUCGAUAACGCGGAAUACAAGCUGGAAUGAGACAGAUAAUUGAUAUAAUGUAAACUCGUAAGCGUAUCAGUUGCAGUUACUGAAUCGCUUGUGCUAAAGGACGGAUUGAAAAUAUGAGAUGCCUAGGCUGCUUAGUCUUUUUGAACCUCGUCACGACGGCGUUAUUUCUGACCGGUGAAAAUGGAUCGGUGUGCAACGUGCAAAUCAGUCGCAUGGAAUCAAGAUACGUGCCCUACACGGAAACGUACAAGGUCAGGAAAUGGGGUCUCUUCCAUCAAACGAAGACUCGAACCAAUUACAGGAUCGAUCAAGUCCGCGUAUGGCAUUACCAGACGAGAUGUUGCGACGGUUACGAGAAUCGAGGUGACGUUUGUGAACCGGUAUGCAACCCCGAAUGCGUGAACGGAAAGUGCACGAGACCAAACUCGUGCGAAUGCGACAACGGAUAUUCGCCUAUUGGACAAACGCAACACGCGUGCGAGCCCCUGUGCGAGAGCAAUUGCACGAACGGCUUUUGCGCGAGACCGAAUCAAUGCUCGUGCAACGCCGGCUACGAAUUGAUCGAAGACAAAUUAUACUGUCUGCCGGUUUGCGUCCAAGAUUGUGCGAAUCACAACGCGCGUUGCACGGAACCGAACCGCUGUACCUGCAAUUCGGGUUAUCGACAGAGCGACACCGAUACCGACUUACCAUCGUGCACGCCGAUCUGCGAAAUACCGUGCGUGAAUGGAAAAUGCACCAAGCCGAACGUUUGCACGUGCAACCACGGUUACGUGAUGGAAGAAGAUAUCGAUCUGUUCGCUUGCAAGCCCAAGUGCGAGCGAAUUUGCCUGAAUGGGAAAUGUACGGCGCCUAACGUAUGUACCUGCGACCCAGGCUACCAGUUAAACGAGAACGGGGAAUGCGAGCCGAACUGUACCGAACCGUGCGUGAUGGGUACUUGUAUCGCGCCGGAUGUUUGCAGCUGUUAUCCUGGAUACGGGUUACCGGAUGAUUCCAGAUACGUGUGCGAAGCGGUGUGCGAGAAAGCUUGCGUGAACGGGACGUGUACGGCGCCCGACAUGUGCACGUGUCACGAUGGCUACAGAGUGACAGGAGACGACACGAUGAGGCACGUGUGCGAGCCAGUUUGCGAGCUUCCUUGCGAGCCUCGCGGCCAUUGCGCAGCGCCCAACACUUGCAACUGCAUCCAAGGAUAUCGGAUGAUCGAUAUGACCGCGAAGGAGAACGAAGUGCUCGACAAGGACACGAUCGUCUCGGCCUGUGAACCUGUUUGCGAUCAAAACUGCGCGAACGGCACAUGCACAGAGCCCAAUGUUUGCACUUGCAACGACGGGUUCACGAAGGGUGCAGACGAUCUCUGCGAACCCGUCUGCGUGUCCUGUCGCAACGGUUCCUGCGUAGCGCCGAAUGUAUGCCAAUGUUGGGAAGGUUUCGUCCGCACGGAAGAAUACGACUGUGCGCCAUUUUGCGAGAACGGGUGCGAAAACGGGGAGUGCGUGGCUCCGAACGAGUGCGUAUGCCACGAGGGUUUCGAGUCGAGUGGAAAUAACGGUGAUAGUACGUGCGUGGAACGCGUGCCCACGUGCACGAAGGUUUGCAAAGGCUAUAGUGUCUGCGUGGAGGACGAGAAACCGUGCGAAUGUUCUUACGGAUGGACGGGGUCGGAAUGCAACCAAUCCACCCUCUGUAUCUUGGUAAUGAAUCCCGACGAUGAAAAUCUCAUUGGAAUCACGAUUCGUAACGAUACGAAUAACACGCUAACGAAUGCUAAACGUUACGCGCCGCUCUGCUAUCGAUGCAACGGGACGACGAACAACGAGAGUUAUUGUUUCGCCAUCGACGACUCGUCGAUUGGCUGUUUCGUCGAGACAGUAGAAUCUUCUUGCUAUCGUGGUGAAACGGAUGGUGAAGCGUUCAAGAUGCAGAGCGGAAUGUUAGGAGCGGUCAUAGUUUUAAUAAUGGCGGUCGUGACGAUAGCGUGUUUCGUGAUUUAUAGGCAUCGAAGAAAAAAGAUGCGUUUAGCCAUCGUGCAGAACGUAUUACAAGAAGCAAUGGCAAACGAGUAUUUGAUUUCGGAACGAGACGAUGAUUCUUCGUAUUAAUUUACAUUUACGAACGAUAAAUUAACGCACAAUAAAUUAGAAUUAAAUAUUUCUAUCCACAUUGGAACGAGACUUUUGUCCUUUUAUAUUGAAUGUUUUUAAGGCUAAUGAAAUGCGCACGAUUAACACGCGUACAUAUAUCCAUGUAACAAAACAUUAUGACGAACAUUCUAUUAAUUUUGAUGGAAUUUAUUUAUAUUUAGCAAAGAUGUUUUUCUUUUUUUAUUUUUUUAUAUUAUGUAAAAUUAAUAUAAUCGAUGAGUUCAAAAGGAAUAGUGAAACCUAUAUUCCAUCAAUCGUAGCACUAUUUUACAGACAUCGAACGGAGCCAAAUGACUUCUGUCAAUGCACCUUCUUUCAUAAUCGUCAUCGAAUACAUUUCGAUCAAAAGUUAUAACUUCUUAAUUAUCGAGCUAUAUAUAUGUAUAUAUACAUAUAAGUAGACUGUACAAUUUUUCAAUUCAAAUAUCAUCGAUUAUACAUUUCUAUACACACAAUA